GCCAUAUAUUUGAGCCUAAACUAUCUGCCAACAGCACCUGCAUCCCACAAUGUCUGAUACUAUUCGGCCCUUCAAGAUCAAUGUGCCACAAUCGGCGAUUGAUACCCUGAAAGAAAAGCUCGCAUUGACGACUUUUCCGGAAGAAGUGGAUUUCUCAGACGACUGGAAUUAUGGUGUUCCGCGAAGCGACAUAAAACGGUUGGCAGAGUACUGGAGAGAUGGCUUUGACUGGCGGGCGCAAGAGGAAAAGCUAAAUCAAUUCCCGCACUUCACGACUGACGUUGCCGUGGACGGUUUUGGUGACCUUCAAAUCCAUUUCGUUCACCAGAAGAGUAGCAAGCCCGACAGCAUCCCGCUUCUGUUCUGUCAUGGCUGGCCAGGAAGCUUUCUCGAAGUCCUCAAAAUCCUUCCCCUGCUCACGGAAUCCCAAGGUGGGCCUUCGUUCCAUGUUGUAGCUCCAUCAUUGCCCAAUUUUGGGUUCUCGGAGGGUGUGAAAAAGAAGGGCUUCAGUAUCCCUCAGUACGCGGAAUCGUUGCACAAGCUGAUGGCGAAGCUUGGGUAUAAUAAAUAUGUUACCCAAGGCGGAGACUGGGGCUUCAUCAUCACUCGCCUCUUGGGCGUUAAAUACCCUGAGAGCUGUCUAGCUUCACAUCUCAAUUUUGUCCGCGUCUCAACGCCACCGUCGCUUUCUAAAUCGCCACUGCAGUAUAUCAAGCAUGCUUUUUUACCAUACACUGAUUUUGAGAAGGCUGGACUGGCUCGAACAAAAUGGUUUCGACAUCAGGGUUUUGGGUAUAACUUGGAACAAAGCACUAAGCCCUCCACCCUGGGAUUCGCUCUAUCCGAUUCUCCCGUCGCCGUCUUGGCAUGGAUUUAUGAGAAGCUCCAUGACUGGACCGAUAAUUAUCCAUGGACUGAUGACGAAAUUUUGACAUGGAUUUCUGUCUAUCAGUUUUCCACAGCCGGGCCGGAGGCAAGCAUUCGGAUUUACUACGAAGCUACUCAUGCCGAGGUUGAAGAAGUGGCGAAGGGAACAGCCUACGUCCCCGGCGUCCCAAUAGGACUCUCUUACUUCCCCAAGGACUUGGUAGUGCCACCCAAGACAUGGGGGAGAACGUUAGGGCCGGUUGUUUUCGAGCAAAGCCACCCAGAUGGUGGUCAUUUUGCGGCACAUGAGAGACCAAAGGAGUUGGCGGAUGAUCUGAGGAGAAUGUUUGGAACAGGUGGUGGCGCUCACGCAGUUGUUGCGAAGGCUCAGUCCAAACUGUAACCUUACACGAUAAGCUCGUGCUAUGAUGGAAUGGCCGCACACACGGUCGAUGCAGCAAUCUUGGUAAACGACACGAACUAUUUUGCAUGUUCUGCGUUCCCAAACUUGCGGCGCACGAUUUCUAAGUUACUUAGCAUCUAAUUCCUCAUUCAGAGAGCUUAGAGACGGCUCAGGGACAGCUCAAGGGUAGCUCAAGGGCAGUUCAAAGUACUCAAAGUGCCACAAAACUCGGUCACGAGAGGGCUACCUACACGUUCGAGUUAUUUUGACGUCCUCUAGUAGCUGUAUUCUAGCUAUCUAGUCUAGGAUGCUAUUGAUAUUAAAGAUGAAGAAGAAAGAAAAAAUUUCCUAAGUGCCCCCUCAGCUCUGGAACGCUUUUUCAUCCUGGUGUGCACAAAUCUAGUACGUCUUGUGGCACAGCCGCAAGGAUAUGGGC